GCUGAUAACAUCCCGGCUUUGCCUGGUGUGUCCUUGCGUGUCGAUAUGUCUGGUCUCUCAUGCCUGGGAACAGAAACACGUUCCAGCAAGUGAAGUUGCACAACCUGAGCUGGGAGAUGUGUUUGGUUUCCCUUUGUGUAAGCAUUACAAGGGAAGGAAAACCUUGCUGUAAUAGACAAUAGGGCUGGAUUUCCUAUGUGCACAGAGGAGCUGGGUCUCAAUGAGAAUUCAAGCCCCUUUGCAUCCAGCUGCGCCUCUGAGACUGUCAGGGGCCUGAUGGGCAGGCUUUCAACUGUUUGCUCUGGGUCUCCAACAAAGUGCCACUUUCCAGUUGAAUGACUUUCUGCCCUGGCUGUCUCUUAAUAACUCAUAGUGCUUAGAUAAUCAGGAUUUGUCUUGUUUGAAAGGUCUUAGGGGAAAGAAAGGACUUAAUUUUUCUUAUGCAAAGGCCAGAAAUAGUGGUUUGGGCUAUUCUUCAGUUACCUGUUUUCUAGGUGUUUUUUAGCAAUGAGCUUCACUAACACAAUAAAUUUACCUUCUCACCUCUCUUUUGAAAUACUCUGCAUCCAGUAGCAUUCCUCCUCUCCACCCUGCCUUGGGUAAUGCACCUUUAUUAGCUGAGGGAGAUGAUCAUCCCCCCUGUUUCUCAUUCUUUUGUGGCAGUGUUAAUUGAAGGCUGAAGGGAAAAUGUCUCUAAGCCGUUGCGGGCUCUGCCUGAGGAGCAUUUCAGUGCCGGAUAGUAAUACCUCUCUAGAGAGUGGGGAAGCCCAGGAAGCUAUUUGGGAAGGGAGGUCUUGCAAAGCUUGGUUUUCCUUCAGUGUGAUGCUCCAAAUCUCUGGUUCAGUAUUUUGUAUAGAAAGUUUUUCAACAAAACAUCUGAGCUGUGCAGGCAAACUGUAACCAAGAUGAUGCUGGAGCGAGCAUCAGCUGUUUUGCUGUGCAUAGCACAAGGAAAAUCACUUGCCACGUUUCUGUCUGAGUCAUCAAAGUUGUGACUUGUUACUGGUUUCCAAGAGUUGAUAGAAAACCAGACGGUUUUGGUAAAGCAGAUAAAGUUACUGGCUGUCAAGGGCAUAGUUUGCCUUCAGCACAUUUGCAAACUGACAUCACCAGUCAUGGUCUGCUGCCCAGUGCCACGCUUCAGUGUUUGGUUAUGUGGGAGCUUAUUACAGGUUGGGGUAAUGUUUUUAGCUCAGCUUUUUCGUUGUGCAGCUUAAGAAUAUAAGAAGGGAGGCAAAAUUUCACCCUCUACCCUAAUUCUGUGUAUCAAGACAGUUUUUUGUGGUCUUUAAUGUGGUUUUAGUUUGAAUACCUUUACCUCAGUUGUUUAGUAUAGUUGUUUUCUGUAGUAGUGCAUACAAGGCUUUGCCUUUUCUGCUGGGGCUUUCUAGGGAGGGUGUGGGAUGAAAAGGUGUUCUGGGACACUUCAGCAGACCCUGUGGAAGGUGUGCCAUGGGGCAGAGAUCCAGACAACCAGCCAUCAUUCACAGCAUGUCCAAGGCUCCUGGAGAGCAAGGCCAACUUCCCAAGGGUGUGCUUUGUACGGAUGGGGUUCUUGGCUUUUUAACAAUAAGUCCAUUGUGCACAGAGAGAAGCUGAACUAUUGUAUUGGUUGUGCACUUGGAUUUUCUGCAGAGGCUGCUGCUGCUUCACUGUCCUGGAUGCUCAGAGGUCAGUAUUUAAAAUAGAUUGAGGGCUUCCUGAAGGUGAAGUUUUGGAGUACUGCCUGAGAAAUUUGCUGAUCUCACCUGACUUCUGCAGCUCUGAAGGACCAUUUUCAAGUGGGAUUUCUGCUUGGUGAUUUUCCAGCUUUAUUUUCAGACCCUUUACCUCUACGUGGGAGAGAAGGGCUCCUGUGGAAGCUGUGGCAUCUUUGUACCUCUGCCUGAACUGUUUGGGUCCCACUGGCUCGUAUUGAGCUCAUCUGCGCAAUAGCACAAUGGAUAGUUUUGAAAGAAUGCCAGUGUAUGAAAGUAGAUGCUUGUAAAGGAGGUGAUGGCUUCAAGCCUUGUGGGGAGUUUACUGCUCCCAUUAUAAUGUCGUUGGUACUCACUGGCAGCAAUCCCCUGGAUUUUCUCCCAGUGAAGGUGGAACCUUAACUCCUGCAUUUAGCACUUGUCCCUUUUCAGAGGGUGGCAGAAAACAACUAAUGUCUCAGCACAUCUUUCAGAUGCACAGCUGGACAUACAGGACCUUUGUGCAGAGCCCAGAUGUUGGGCGUUCAACUGAAGCACUUCAGGUCUGGGACCCUCCUCCUGAACGUGCAGCAUCAUGGCCCUUGUAGUUUGCAUGUGCUGCAUUCCCUGAAUAGGCAGCUAGUCCAGGGAGCAGCCUGGGAAUCCCUCCUGCCUGCUGCCCCCUUUCUUUCCUAGCCUUGAUUGAAGAGGAAACAUUCCAGCAGAUCUUUGCAGUGAAGCUGCCAGUUGGCAAAUCCUGUGCUUGCUAAGGACCUGCGCCGUGCGGAGCACAGAGGGUGUGACAUUUGAGAAGCUACUCUUACCUAUGACACUCUCAGGUUCGAAUAUGAAGACUUCCCUGAGACCAAAGAACCUGUUUGGAUCCUUGGCCGGAAAUACAGUGUUUUUACAGAGAAAGAAGAGAUCCUGUUGGAUGUGACCUCUCGGCUUUGGUUCACCUACAGAAAGAACUUCCCUGCUAUUGGAGGAACUGGUCCCACAUCUGACACUGGCUGGGGCUGUAUGUUGCGGUGUGGCCAGAUGAUCUUUGCUCAGGCCUUGGUCUGCAGGCAUUUGGGAAGAGACUGGAGGUGGAUAAAAGGGAAGAGGCAGAUGGAUAAUUACUUCAAUGUUCUUAAUGCCUUCAUUGACAAAAAAGACAGCUACUACUCCAUUCAUCAGAUAGCCCAGAUGGGAGUUGGAGAGGGAAAAUCCAUAGGUCAGUGGUAUGGACCAAACACAGUCGCACAAGUGCUCAAAAAACUUGCAGCUUUUGAUACAUGGAGUUCACUGGCAGUACAUAUAGCCAUGGACAACACAGUAGUGAUGGAAGAAAUCCGGCGUUUGUGCCAGUCCAACUUCCCGUGUGCUGGAGCUGCAGCAUGCCCUGCUGUGGAGUCAGACGUACUCUACAAUGGGUACCCAGAGGAAGCGGGGGUUAGAGAUAGGCUCUCACUGUGGAAACCAUUGGUGCUGCUGAUACCUCUCCGCCUUGGGCUCACAGAGAUCAAUGAAGCCUAUAUCGAAACACUGAAGCACUGCUUCAUGAUGCCCCAGUCGCUGGGAGUGAUCGGAGGGAAACCCAACAGUGCUCACUACUUCAUUGGCUAUGUAGGUGAGGAACUCAUUUACCUGGAUCCCCACACUACGCAGCCUGCAGUGGAGCCCAAUGACAGCGGCUGUCUCCCUGAUGAAAGCUUCCACUGCCAGCACCCUCCCUGCAGAAUGAGCAUUGCUGAGCUUGACCCCUCCAUCGCAGUGGGCUUUUUCUGCAACACAGAGGAGGACUUUAACAACUGGUGCCAGCAAAUCAGAAAGCUGUCCCUUGUAAGAGGAGCGCUGCCAAUGUUUGAACUGGUUGAACGCCAGCCAUCGCAUUUCUCCAACCCUGAUGUCCUGAAUCUCACAUCAGACUCUUCUGAUGCUGACAGAUUGGAAAGGUUUUUUGACUCGGAAGAUGAAGACUUCGAAAUUCUAUCCCUUUGAAAACAAAUAGGAAACUGACUCUGCAAAUUUGUGUUAUGUGUGGGGAGAAGGGGGGGGAGGGAAGCUCCUUCGAGCCUGGGGCUACCGGUUUUCAUAGGUGCUUGCUGCCAUCCCCACCUCUUGUUCAUCCUGGCAUUCUGUGCAGCCUCUGAGUGAAGCGUGGAUGAAGAAUCAAGUGAGUGACACAGCCUUACUGUCUGGAGUCAGAACUUCUCAGUAGAAAACAGUUGCUGGAAGUGGAUGCAGUGGUGCUUAGGAGUUCAAAGACUUAUCUGUUACAACAGCAGGUCAGAUGGCCUUCUGGGGGAGGCAUAGAAAUCAUUAAUCCUUACAUGGGGACUCUCCUCUGAAGCUUAAAUAGAGGCACCCAUCAUUUAGCAGGUGAAAUGUAGAGUUAAUUCCUUUAGCAGCUUCUCUUCUCACUGGCCAACUUGGACUGCAGCUCGCAACGCAAGUGAACAGACAACACAGCUGUGAAGCCCCGGGAGUGCAGGUGGCCAGGCUUCCUACAGUACAACUCCUGUCCGUGCUUUGCAGUACACAGCACUUCCUCCUAGAGUUAGUACCCCUCCUCACGUGCUACGAAAAGGAAGUUGAGGGAAUUUACAAGUGACUGGUAAUUCAAUAAGCAAAAGGCUGUCUGGGAAAGUGUGGAGCAGACCCAUGCUGCUGGGGAGGAACACCUCAAUCUCAGUUUAAAUAUGGAAGGAGAAUAGAAAAUGUGCGUGUUCGUGCUCCGUGCAUCAAUAAAACAUUGUGCUUCUACAAUGGAUUAAUCUCUACAGCAAGUAUCUUCAGAAAAGCUGCUUCAAGCAGAGAACUGGAUUCCAUAGUCCUGGAAAAACAGAACAGUCCGCAGCUGGGAGAGGCAAAACAGGACAACUGAGACCCGCCAGUCAUGUGCCUGCUUGUGCCAGCACCCCGAGGGAAUUGAUCCUGUCGGUACCAAAAAUGUGAGCUAUAGAAUUCCUCAGUGUGUCCUCGGUGGGUUGCAGUUCCUCCAACUACUCCUGUUAGACAUUCCCUUUCCAAAUCAGAAGAGGUGCCUGAAGGUCAAGUAGGCUUCCUAGCUGUGUCGGUACCUUUCUUUUUGUCUUCUGCCAGCUCCACCUCCCUGCAGAGUAUGCACAAAGGUACUGUAGGAGCUAACCCAGAGAAAUCCAUUUCAAGUAAUCAUCCCAAAGAGGGCAGUAAAGACAGAAUGCCUUGAGAACGUCCCAUUAUACUGGAAAUUUUAGCUAUUUUAAGAUGAUAGCUCUGCCUGGGGCCCUUUUCCUUACAGAAUUUGAAGAAAGGUUAAAGAGUGGAGGAGAGCUGUCUUAAUGCAAACUGCAACAGAAGUUGUUGAAGUAGUUUCCUUAAUGCAUGCUGCAGAUUGCAAACCUGUUUACAAGGCUUUGUUUUCUACAUUUAGGAUGGAACCUGUCAGUUGAUGCUUUUGUACUACCCAAGGCUGGUGGCGGCUGGCUAGAAAUGACCUGUUUCUCCUGUGACUGGUAUACUGAUGCUAACUGUCCCUGUGUUAUCCGAGUGCAGAGGUUUGAACUGGGAACCACAAUGCUUCUGUCACUAAAUUAUUAUUUGCUGCUUUCUGCCUGCUUCUCUCCUCUCUUGUAGUUAGGGGAAGAGGCAGCAGAGGAAAUGGGGCUGUGCUCCAUUCAUCUGCUUUCAAUUUGUAUCUGAAUAAACAGAUCUAAACUCUU